CAAUCAAUCAAUGACAAAUGUACGAAAAUGACAUCACCAGCAGCAAUGGAAUAUCUUUUUGAUGAAAAAAUUCUCAAUAAUGCAUUGAAAAUUGAUCCAAAAAUCACGAUAAAAGAUAAUUUUCAUUUACGGCCAUUGGCUAGAAAUGAUUUCGAACAUGGAUUUCUUGCAGCAUUAUCACAACUAACAGAAGUUGGUGAUGUAUCGCGUGAACGAUUCGAUGAGAUAUUUGAUAAAAUGAAAACAAACGGCUGUUAUUAUGUAACAGUCAUUGAAGAUUUGGAUACAAAUCGAAUUGCUGGAUCGGCCACAUUGUUUACUGAAUAUAAAUUCAUACAUGGUGGCGGUUUGCGUGCAAGAAUCGAAGAUGUUGUCGUCGAUAAUGAUUAUCGUGGCCAAAAUCUUGGCGUUGCAUUGGUACAAACAUUGAAAUCUUUAUCACAAGUAUUACAUUGUUAUAAAUUAACAUUGGAUUGUAAUGAUCAAAUGAUAUCAUGGUAUCGGAAAUAUUUUGAUUUUCAAAUUGAAGAAGGUCGUUCAAAUUUUAUGACUAUUCGUUUUUCAUCAUCAUCAUCAUCACCAUGAUGAAACAAAUCACAUCCAGUGGAACUAACGAAAAA